UCAUCAUAGCCCAAGUCAUGUGAUGGGGAUCACAUGACAUUGCUGUGCCAGGAAGUGUAGUUAAGCUGAAUCUGGGCCCGGGCAGCAGCAUGGACAGAUACGACAAAGCGGCUCUGGAUGCAGCCAGUGUCCCCCCUCCGGAGUUCAGGCAAAAUGAUGGUUCCUUAAUUUCCACAUUGAAGACUCUCCUAUUCUUCACCAUCUUAAUGAUCAUGCUGCCGAUUGGCCUCUACUUUUCCUCCAAGAUCUAUGUAUUUGAGGGCGCAUAUGGUCUGUCCAACAGGGACAGUUAUUUUUAUGCUGCAAUAGUGGCUGUGAUUGCUGUGCAUGUGGUCUUGGCCAUGUUUGUAUACGUGGCAUGGAAUGACGGUUCGCGGCAGUGGCACGAAGGAAAACAAGACUGAACUCAACUUAAGAAACGGACUCUCUGCAGUGGGAAAUUAAUACAGUACAUGGAUUUUCUGGAUACUAUGCCUUUCUGUGUACAGUCAUUUAAGACCUCUUACAUUUAUUUAAAAUAAGAUCUGGAAAAUGUGAUGUAUUUUAGAUUUCUUUUAUUACAGUUUUGCAGUUUACAUGGAUCUGUUGUCAACUUCUAACAGUGCAACUUGCUUCUCCUUUAGUCCAUACAAUGAGCUAUUUUGUUUGUGAAACAUUGCAUAUGCGUAUGUAAAACGUCCAUAAGCCUUUCAAACAAUUAGAUACAUAAAAUUA